AGCGGUUAAAUCCCCUCCACCCAGGCUGCAGCUCACACCUGCAUCAUGCCUGCCUGUCGCCUGUGCUUGCCGGCUGCAGGCCUUCUUCUGGGGCUGCUGCUGUCCACCCCCCUCUCAGGCGCAGAUGCGGGAACAGAGAAACCGGGUGUGUGCCCCCAGCUCCAAGAUACUGAGUGUGUGGCGGAGUGCUCCUCGGAUAGUCAGUGCCUCGACAGCCUCAAGUGCUGCCAGGCCGGCUGCAGCUUUAUCUGUUCCCUGCCUAAUGGACUGGCUGAGGAAGAGCUCUGGGAUACUUCUUCAUCCGUUAACCCUACUUUUCCAUCAGAGGGAGGUCAAAUCACCACGCCACCUGCUGUGGCCAUGGACGAAGGUGUCCUUGAAAAGCAGGGCUCCUGCCCCAGUGUGGACUUCCCCAAGCUCGGCAUCUGUGAGGACCAGUGCCAGGUGGAUAGCCAGUGUCCUGGCAACAUGAAAUGCUGCCGCAACGGCUGUGGGAAGAUGACUUGUGCCACACCCAAACUCUGAGCCGCAGUCACCACCAGCCUGAGGAAUGGGACGAGAAUGCUUCUGCCUGGCCGUGCAUCUGGCAUCAUUCCCGGGGCCUCCCUUCUCUCUGGUCUUUGUGUUUCUUCCUGGACCUGCAAAAGCAUCUCCCUUUUCUAACCAAUAAAGAGCUCCCUUUCAGCAAUGGA